CCAGGUGGGCGGGGUCAUAGUGCCGGGUCCCGCCCACCUGACUGAACCGCAGUUCCGGGUUCGGUCGAGAGCUGCUGCCAGGCGGGACCAUGACUCUUUUACUGCAGAACCAGUUUAAAGAACUCCCCCCUGACAGCUCGGUGGACACCAAGACGUUCCUGGACAACGUGUCGCAUCUGCCGUCGUUUUUUGACUGCUUGGGCUCUAGAGUGUUUUCAAUCAUCAAAUCAGACAUUAAUGGCAACAUAACGAAAAUAAGAGCAGUUUACCUCAAGGAUCCUGCGAAGUACGUGACCCUGAAGGACAUUCUGGUGGCAGAGCGAGAAGCCCACGGAGCAGAAUGGCCCAAAGUGGGAGCAACUUUAGCUCUGAUGUGGCUGAAGAGGGGGCUCCGUUUUAUCCAGGUCCUGCUGCAGAGCUUGGCUGAUGGAGAACGAGACGAGAACAACCCCAACCUGAUCCGGGUCAACGUCACCAAAGCGUACGAGCAAGCGCUGAAGAGAUACCACGGCUGGAUCGUUCAAAAGGUUUUCAACGCGGCGCUACUUGCAGCUCCCUACAGAUCAAACUUCCUCAAGGCUCUGUCCAAGGGGGAGGAAGUGAAAGAGGAAGAGUGCCUGGCAAAUGUGCGUCACUUCCUGGUAAACUACACGGUCACCGUAGACGCCAUCUACGAGAUGUAUGCAAAUCAGAACGCAGAGCUGGACUACACGGUUUGACGUCCCAGGAU